AUGGGUCAAAGUAUGGGUAAAAAAUUAUCAAACAAAGAAUUGCAGCUCUAUAGCCAACAGACUCAGUUACAGCCAUAUGUUAUCCAGCAACUUUAUGAAGCAUUUAUAGAUCGAACAGGCAAAAAAGGCCGAAUGACAAUAAAUGAGUUCAAACUAGCUUAUACUCAAAUAAAUCCAUAUGCCAAUAUAUACAACAUAGAUAUGGAUGCAGAGCGAGUGUUUUUGAUGUUCGAUAAUGAUCGUAACGGUGUUCUGACAUUCGACGAGUUCGUCGUCGCAUUUGUUAUGAUGCAGAGAGGUUUAGUCUCGUAA